AUGGAUCCGUCGGUGCUGCUGAUGCUGUCCAACCUCCUGCACCUCCACAACCACCUGGAUCCCCUCCUGUCCGACUCCGCCACCCCCUCCUCAGCGAACCUCGCCGCCGCCGCUUCCUCCUCGCCAUCGUCUCUCUACUGCUCCUCCUCCCCGGCCCCUCUCCUCUUCCUUGCCAUUGCCUCCGUCCUCUCCUACGCCUCCUCCGCCGCCGGGGACCACGGCGGAAGCAACCGGCGCCGGCGCCGGCGCCGCCGAUCCUCCACCUCCCCGGGCGGCUCCUCCUCCUCGUCCCCUCCGCCGGCGAACCCCCCCGCUCCGACGGCGGCGCCGUCCUCCUCCGACGCCCCUCCGGGGCUGUCGGCCUUCCAGUCCCUCUCCUCCGACCGGAUCUGGUCCAUGGAUCCCGCCGCCCGCGACGUGCGGUGGCGCUCCCACUACGGCCUCUCCUAUCCGGUCUUCGCCACCCUGGUGGAGCACCUCGAGCCCCACCUGCGCGGAGGCGCCCUCCCCAUCCCCGCCGACUACGCCGUCUCCGUCGCCCUCACCCGCCUCUCCCGGGGCCUCUCCCCUCGCUCCCUGGCCCGUCACCACCAGCUCCCCCCAACCCUAAUCUCCAAGGUCACCAACGCUGUUACUCGCCUCCUCUCCACCAAGCUCUACCCUGACUACGUCCGCAUCCCCUCCGGCCACCGCCUCCUCCAGACCAUCCAGUCCUUCCGCGACCUCACCUCCCUCCCCAACCUCUGCGGCGCCCUCGACGGCUCCCCCAUCAAGCUCCGCCGCCGCCCCCCUUCCCCUCCUUCCCCUCACAGCGGCGGUGGUGAUUCCGCCGCCGCCGCCGGCGGAGAUGACGACGACGCCUACCAGUGCCGACACGGGUACCCCGCCGUGCUCCUCCAGGUGGUCGCCGACGCGAGGAAGAUCUUCUGGGACGUCUGCGUCAAGGCCCCCGGGUCCUCCGACGACGCCUCCCACUUCCGGGACAGCCUCCUCUACCGCCGCCUCACCGCCGGCGAGAUCCUGCGCGACGCCGCAGCCGUCCCCGUCCGGGGGCACCAACUGCGGCCCUACGUCGUCGGCGACUGGGCCUACCCUCUGAUGUCCUUCCUCCUCACCCCCUUCACCUCCGACGGGAACGGCUCGCCAGCACAGAACGCCUUCGACGCCGCCGUCAUGAAGGGCCGCGCUGCCUCCGUGGAGGCGGCGCUGGGUCUGCUCAAGGGCCGGUGGCGCAUCCUCAGGGACCUCAACGUGGGCAUCGACCACGCUGCGCAAACCGUGGUCGCCUGCUGCGUGCUCCACAACAUGUGCCAGAUCGCCGGAGAACCAGAGGACGAGGACGUCUACAUGUGGAGGGACCCCAAGGAGAGCGCACCGGCGGCGAGGGCUCUGGACAGCGAGAGGGCGCUCUUCUACUCCGGCGAGAGCCUCAGGCAGGCCAUCGCCGACGACCUCUACGAGAGGCAGCAGAGGCUCUCCGGUGGCGCCCCCGCCCCCGCCCCUGCUUCGAGGUAG